AUAAUUUUAUAACUUAUUGUGAUUUAAUUCUUUUAAUAUUUUAAUUUUUCAGUGGGUGCACGAGGAAGAGACGGCAAAAUCAUACGAAUUACACGGGACACUGAGACUUCUACAUCGACUCCGAUGAAUCCCCCAGAGAGGAUUCGACCGACAGCUUCAAGGAGAAGAAGAUGUAUGAUUAUUGAAGACGAUGAUGAGGGACAUAAUGAUCAGGGGGAGCCUUCUACAGUGCAUGAGGAAGAUGUGGUACAUGAGCAUAUGGUGCACGAGCAGGUGGAUGUACAUGAGCAGGAGGAGGCUGCACCUGCUCAUGAGGGAGAGCAUAUGGAGGAGGAACAUGAUGGACCUGAGGGACCUGGUGAGCUCACACGGUAUCCUGGAGGACCUUAUGAUUUGUCUGUCCUUACACGAUACCGUUAUCAUGUUUCAGCUAGACUAUGGUUUGGCGAGGAGCGACCAUUGCUGAAAAUUGUUGCGCAUGGGAAGAAAAUGCAACAAUUUACUCCGCCGGUACUUCCGCGACCCAUAGAGAAUUGGGUGAAUUUGUUCAUCUAA